ACGGUUUUGGUGCACACCACGCGUUGAAGUUGGACUCUGAAAGACUCUCCAGCAUCAGCAUGGUCGGUCCCUCCUUCCUUGAUUGUUCUUCCUGUGCAACCCCGGUCCGUUAAAAGGACUGUAACAAAAUCAACGGUUUGCUCAGCCAGGUCUUCUUUCCAGAAUCCCAGAAAUGGCUGCUAAUUUCUGGACAUCUUCUCACUUUAAACAGCUUAUGGACCAAGAAGAGGUGGACGUGGUGCACUCGCCUGACAAGGAGAAGGGCAUAACUCUGGAAGAUUUCAAGAUUAUUAAGAUGCACAUGGCUAACUAUAUUUGGAAGCUGGCCCAACAGGUUAAAGUGAGGCAAAGGGUUGUUGCUACUGCAGUUACUUACAUGAGACGUGUUUACACAAGAAAGAGUAUGACAGAAUAUGAUCCACGGCUGGUGGCUCCUACUUGCUUGUACUUGGCAUCAAAAGCAGAAGAGAGCACAGUGCAGGCUAGACUUCUUGUCUUCUACAUCAAAAAAAUAAAUACAGAUGAGAAGUAUCGGUAUGAAAUCAAAGACUUGCUGGAAAUGGAAAUGAAGGUGCUAGAAGCUCUUGACUAUUAUUUGGUUGUUUACCAUCCUUAUCGGGCAUUGUCUCAGUUACUCCAGGAUGCUGGCAUGACAGAUAUGACUCACUUGUCUUGGGGUCUUGUCAAUGACACCUAUAAGAUGGAUCUCAUUCUUAUCUACCCACCGUACAUGAUUGCUUUAGCUUGCAUAUACAUAGCAAGUGUACUCAAAGAGAAAGACACCACUGCAUGGUUUGAAGAACUUCGUGUUGACAUGAAUGUGGUAAAGAACAUCUCUAUGGAGAUAUUGGACUUCUAUGACAACUAUAAAACAAUCAAUGAGGAAAGGACCAAUGCUGCUCUUAACAAGCUUGCUUUAAAACCAUCAUUGGUUAAGCUAGAAUAACGAGGCCAAGGUCCUAUUUGUUUUGUUUGUUGUCUAAUUUAUAUAUUCCAGAUGAUUCAGUCUCAUAACUUGCUGCAAAGUUGAUAUGCAAUUAUAUCUCAUGGAGGAAAAAUGGUAAUUGAUAUCUUGUGUCUUUAUCCUAACCCAUACUUAGAAUGAAGCUAACCUUUCAAUCUCGUAACAC